AACAAAACUAAGUCUACUCAGAAAGACCUGGGAAUAUGCAUGUUAACAAAACCUCAGUUGAUUAUUCUCUGAGUAAUAGAGUUGUGUUUACAUUGGCAAGAGAGAUAGCAUUAAAUCACCUUUCAACCGAAUUUAGCAGUUCACAUUUGAAAUAUAAACAUUUAUUGUGUGGUUAGGAGAAUGUGAGUUCAGGUCUCCGAGGGGGCCAGGGGCAUCAGAUGCCCAGGAGCUGGAAUUACAUAUAGUUUUGUGAGCUGCCUGGCCUGGGUGCUGGGAACUGAGCCCAAGUUUUCCAGAAGAGUAGUGCAUGCCCUUAAACAUGUCUUCAGCCCUGAGUUUUUCUUUUAAACAUUAAAAAACAUAUAUUUGAGCCGGGCAUGGUGGUGCACGCCUUUAAUCCCAGCACUCGGGAGGCAGAGGCAGGCGGAUUUCUGAGUUCGAGGCUAGCAUGGUCUACAGAGUGAGUUCCAGGACAGCCAGGGCUACACAGAGAAACCCUGUCUCGAAAAACCAAAAAAAAACAAAAAACAAAAACAAAAAACAAAACAAACAGACAAACAAACAUAUAUUUGAGUAUGUAUGUAUGUGCACCUGUAUGCAGGUGCCUACAGAGACCAGAAGAUAGCAUCUGAGGUCCUGAAGCCGAAGCUGCAGGUGGUUGUAAACCAUCCGAUGUGGGUGUACAGAGCCAAACUCAGCCAGCUCUCUUCUCUGCAGAACCGUGUCUUUUCAAAUCCUAAUAAAAUUGUUCUCUAGCUUAAAACAAGUUUUCUUUUUUUCUUUUUUACUUUUUCUUCUUCUUUUUUUGUUUUUUUUUUUUUUGGGGGGGGGUGUUCGAGACAGGGUUUCCUCGCUGUCCUGGAACUCACUCUGUAGACCAGGCUGGCCUCGAACUCAGAAAUCCAUCUGCCUCUGCCUCCCAAGUGCUGGGAUUAAAGGCAUGUGCCACCACCGCCUGGCUAAAACAAGUUUUCUUGUCAGGGAUGGGACAGACCUGUCCGUAUACCUGUAAUCUCAGCACUAAAGUGACUAUAAAGCAGGAGGAUUGGGAAUUCAAAGCUAAUCUAGGCAACAGAGCAAUACCCUGUUUUUAAAAGCAAAUGAAACGGGCCAGCAAGAUGGCUCACCGGGUAAAGGCACUUGCCACCAUGCUGACAACCAGAAUUCAAUCCCUGCAGUUCACAUAGUGGAGGGAGAAAGCCACCUCCUCCAAGUUGCCUCUCAUCUCCCCACUCUUGCCAUGGUACACACAUGCCCACGCGUGCGCACGCACGCACACACACACACACACACACACACACAUUUUUAAAACCCCACAAUCUAUAAGGAUAAUUUUUUUAAUCCCUUUUCUUCACUUCCAGCUCUUUUUGUUUGUUUUUUCAGUCUUGUGGUGGUGGUGGUGGUGGUGGUAGUGGUAGGUUUGGUGGUUUUAUUUUGUUUGCUGUUCUGGGAUUGGAUCUAGGGCCUCAUAUCUGCUAAGCAAGCAGCCUUGUCAUGGAAGACACCACCUGCCCUCACUUACAAUUUGAUACACAUUUCCGGAGAAAAAUUCAUUGUUGUAGAACAGCUCUCAGCUGCCCUCUACAGGUCAUUUUGGGAGAGACAGGCUCUGAGCUCAAGGAGAGGGAAGAAAAACCUUGUGUGUUUGUGGUGUGUGUGUGUACACAAAGCUAGGUGCUCUAAGUCCUGUGUCUGAGUGGAAGCUGAGGGAGUAGAAUUGGUUCAGACAGCACAUCACUACAGAGACCCGGCUUUCAUGUAAACGUGCCUCUAUAUACUUAUAUGGAUAGUGCAACCUUCAUACUAGAGCAGCUGUUUUGGUAAGCAGUCUCUCAGAAAGUUAAACGCUUGCUGCACGGCUCAUAUAAUGUUUUAGAUGUAUGUCCAGAAGAACUGAAAACAUCUCCCCCCGCACACACACACACACACACACACACACACACACACACACACACACAAAAUGUGUACAUGACUGCUUCCAAAUGUGCUGGUGGACCAUCCAGAACAAUGUUAAGUGACAGCGGUAAUAUAUUCUUGUCUUGCCUCUGGCUUUCAAGCUAAAAGCUCUCAGGAUCUGUAACCAUGAAAAUUAUGCUGACACACAGAAUUGAAAUAGAUCAGAACAUAUUAAAGCGUAAGCGUGAAUAUUCAGAACACUAUUCAUAAGAGCUCCACAAUGGAAAUAGCCAGCUGACCAUCAGAGGAGGGAAGUUUUGGGCCAGCAAGACAACUCAGUGGAAAAGGAAUGUUCACUACGGUCACCCGGGUCAUCGGACCAGCUUUGGCGCGGCGCCGACGUGGUUUGUCCUCCACGGCCGCCGUAGCCGCCGGCGACCGCAUGGCGCCCCACCCGCUUCCGUAGGCGCGAGCUCCGCAGUGGGCCGGCCUUAUGCUCCGCCCAGCGUGCGUCGCUGCGUGAGUCCGGCCCCCGCGAACUGCUGUACCGCCCGCGAGCUCACACCGGCUUCUCGUCAGCCUCAGCCAGUGCGCUGUGGUCGCCGUCAUGCUCGCCGCUGCCCUCCGUCGCUGUACCGCAGCCGCGGCUGCCCGAGGCCUCCUGCACCCCGCCUCGGCUCCCAGCCCCGCCGCCGCUGUCUGUUCCAUUCGCUGCUAUUCUCAUGGGUCACACGAGACAGAUGAGGAGUUUGAUGCUCGCUGGGUGACAUAUUUCAACAAGCCAGACAUUGAUGCCUGGGAAUUGCGUAAAGGGAUGAAUACACUUGUUGGCUAUGAUCUGGUUCCUGAGCCCAAAAUCAUUGAUGCUGCAUUGCGAGCAUGUAGACGGUUAAAUGAUUUUGCUAGUGCUGUUCGCAUCUUGGAGGUUGUUAAGGACAAAGCAGGACCUCAUAAGGAAAUCUAUCCCUAUGUCAUCCAGGAACUUAGACCAACUUUAAAUGAAUUGGGAAUCUCCACUCCAGAGGAGCUGGGCCUUGACAAAGUGUAAACUCCCUUCGAUGGGCUUCCUAAGGACUUAACUGCUAUUGCUACUUGAUUGAAACAGUUGCCUGGAAAUGUUUUAUUUGAACAAAUUUUCCUUUGAGUAUCAAACCAUGUAAUAGUAACUUGGACUUUAAUAAAGGGAAAUGAGUUUGAACUGAAA